AUGGUCUACAACGUCACUGAGAAGGAAGUCCAGCCCAAGGUCUGGAGCAAUGUCAAUGGCAAUCAAUCCGAGCUCCUAGAUCGCUUUGCUGUGGCUGAGAUUUGCAAGGGCUGGCCACUUUACCGGGAUGCCUCGGAAUGGGUGCAUUACCGGGAUCUGUUCACGGAUGACGCAUAUAUCUUUACUACAUGGAGUGGCGGCGUGACAAUCGACGAGUUCAUCGAAGUCUCCAAAAAGGGCCGCGCCAAUGGCGACUUCAUCAUGCAUCGCGAGUGCGGAACCCUGGUAGACCUCAACCAAAAAACCGGACGAGCCAUUGGCAAGAUGAAGACAACCAUCACCCAGCGCUUCAACUGGGACGGACUCGAGUUCGACAUUGACUGCGACAACCGGUUCAUCUUUUUCUGCAAGAAGAAUGCGCAGGGCGAGUGGAAGCAUGUCUACUACAAGGUCAUUUAUGAGAAGGACCGUGUGGUCCCCGUUGAUGGGAAGAAUGUCCCGAAAUUCGAGGAGAAGGAGCUCAGCAAGUACCCCUAUGGAUACCGGCAUUUGGGCGUGGCUCAGGAACGGCUGGGACAUAAGUGUCUUACCAAUUUGCCAACGAUGAACAACAAAGGCUAUACCAAGAUGUAUGAGGCCAUGGAUACGUGGUUGGAGGGAGGUUCUGUAGAUAAAUUGCUGGAGGUUCCAAAAUAA